CCGCUCCUCAUCCAUCUUGGUGCGCUUCUUGCGCUUCACCUCCUCUCGCCCUCUUUCAACAGCCAUGGCUUCCUCCUCCGACGUGCGCGACAUCUUCUCGCUGCCCGCGCCCGGCAGUGGCGCCUCCUCCUCUCGUCGCGCCGCACCUGCGCGGCGUGGCCCACCCACAGCGCCCGGCGCCAGCGGCAGCGGCAAGGCAGCUGCGGGCGCCAAGAAGCCCGAUGGCCUCACGCGCGAGCUGUAUGCGCUGCUCGGCGACAGUGUGCCGAGUCUGGCCAUCGCACGCGCCGAGUUCGAAGAUGCGCAGGCGGCAAAGGCGCGCCUGAAGCCCAAGUUCAAGAAGCGGCCCAUGAAGGCCAAGCAGUGGGUGAAUGCGCCGUUCCGGAAUCCGGCUCGGGAGGACGACCUCGUGCUCUCGCACUGGGUGCCCAAGGCGGAAGUGCCGGCUGCGCAGGCAGCACCGGCAGCAGAGGGCGAGCAGGCGGCCGAGGAUGAGGCACAAGCUGGCAGCAGCAGCAAGCCGGAGACGCAAGAAGAGGUGCCUAGAGAGUACAAGUUUGCGCACUUCAACACCAACUCGGGCGUGUACAGCUACUCGACGGAAGAGUACCACCAGCACCUGCGCGACGAGGACUGGACGAAGGAGGAGACGGACUAUCUCAUCGACCUCUGCCAGGCCUACGACCUGCGCUUUGUGGUGAUCCACGAUCGCUGGGAGUGGCGCGGCAAGGAGCGGAGCAUCGAGGACCUCAAGGCGCGCUACUACGCCCUCUGCCGACGCCUGAUCCGCUCCCGCAUCACCACGGCCGACAUGGACACGCGGCAGGCGCUGCUGGCUACCUACACCUUCGACCGCGCACGCGAAGCCGAGCGCAAGCGUGCAGUCGAGCGGCUCUUCGGCCGCACGCCGGCGCAGCUGGCCGAGGAGGAGGCGCUCUACGUAGAGAUCCGCCGCCUCGAGCAGAACGAGACGCGCUUUGCGGCGGAGCGCGAGGAUCUGCUCAAGCUGCUUGGCGGAUGGGAACGCACGCCGAAUGGAGAUCGCAACAGCACGGCCAGCGUCGGCGCUGGCCUUGGCUUCGCGAUCCCGGGCAGCGUGCCGGCGCCCGAGGAGCCGAGCGAUGGCAAGCGCAAGAAGCGCAAGGCCAACGACGGCGACGACGAGGCGGGCCCUUCCAAGACGCAGCUGACGUACAAGCAGAAGACGGAGCUGAAGCAGCAAGCGUUCGACGACCUGCACUGCAUCACGCGCUUCGACCCCGUGCCAGCGACGCCGUACAAGGCGCCUUACCCGCAUCUCAUCGGCGUCUCUGCGUCUCAACCAGCGGUGAACCCAACAGCGUCGAACCAGUCGACCUCGCACGGCGCCUACCUGCGCUCCUCGCGCGUGCUGGCUCCGCGCGCCACGCUGGCGUUGCGCGUGGCACAGACGCUUGCGGAGCUCAAGCCUGCCGUCGGACCGCGACCUGUCUUCCCUACAGCGCGCAACCUGGAGCGCUGGGAGGGCCUGAUUGGCGCCGUGACGAGUGGGCUGGAGAUGAAGCGUCAGCUCGACCGCAUCGACAUGGAGCUCAAGACUGUCAAGGCGCGGCUUGCGGCGCAGGCAAACAAGGACGGCUCGGUCGCGCCGCAGCAGACGCCAGCGGCGGCUGCUACGCCGCGAGGCGCCUCGAGAACGCCGGCGCCGAGCGCUACGCCUGCCAGAGCGGCUUCGUCGGGCGCCUUUGCGUCGCCAGCGCGAGAGGACAGCACGUCGUAGGUCGUGUCCGCCAGCCAUCCGCAAUGCACAUUGCUCUCCUUCCACUCGAGUGACGCAGCGACCCACCGAGCGGAGA